AUGGAGUGGCGAGUGUGGAGUUUGGCUGUAGCUGUGGGCUCGAUAACAGGAACUGGAGCUGGAAACAGGGUAGUACAAAUAAUGGGCCAAGCUCUAAAACAUUUUUCUCAACCACAAGAAAAAGAACAACAGCAACAGCACCAAGACGAUGAUCUUACAAAACUACCAUCACCUCUUCUUUCUCAACUUCCGGAUGAAAGACUUCUGUAUAACAUAUUUCCAUAUUUAACAUAUUUGGAUUUAUGUCAUCUUUCACAAAUUAAUAAAUAUUUUAAAAAUCUAAUUGAAUUAGAAGACGUGGAUCAUUUAUGA